UUGUCAAUUGACUCAAUUCUCACACGCAGCUCGACUCAAAAAUCAAAGCAUCGUCUUCUCCCGCCAAAAAGAUGAUGAGAGAGUUCCAAACCCCACACAAGGACCAUGCUCGACCUCCUCCCAAGCUCUCCGCUCGCGUCUCCAAGAAGACCGUUCCCAAGAAGAGCUUGAACUCUGCGUUUUCUUCAAUCUGUGAAGAUCUGCAAGUCCAGCACUCGGUGGAUUCCACUCCGAUCUUUGUGAUUUCUGAGAUCGACGAGGUCAAUCGCGAUGCCGAGGUCACCGAGAGUCUCAUGACCCUGCCAGAUCCAUCUCUCUCAGCUUCAACAGAGACCUUGUUCACCUCUGAUCUCUCUCCAUCUUUAGAGUCCACGAUUUCAAGCCAUGCCUCUUGGAGUGUUGCUAAAUGUGAAAAUGAUGGCUCAAAGUGUGGUUCUAUCGGGGCUGAGGUUGUAUCAAGCUUUCUCAAGCAAGCUCGGACUCAGGUCUUAAACUCUGCUGGUGUGGAUGCCAAAUCCAAGAAGCUUCUGGAUGCAUUGGUUGAGAUAGUGAUACAGGAUUUCCACACUGUGCCUGAAGAGAGGGACCGGAUUGCUGAACUUUCAGCAAAAGCUAAAAUACUGGUUGUGUGUUCUUUGCUAUGGAUCCUUGCAAUGGCUGUGUAUAUGGUGUUCAGCUCUGGAGCACAAAGCAAUCUUCCUGGACCACUGCCUACUUGAACUCUUACUCUAGAGGUGCAUUAAUGGUCUGAUCAUCAAGAUGAAUGGUAUGG